CAACUAAAUUCUGACUUCGGUAGCCGUGCUAAGGUAAUUUAACGUGCGAAAGCGCCAGGGGAACUGCUUGCGGACAGAUUUCUCCGCCGUGAAUAACUUAGCCAAUUAAGGGAGCUAGACAUCGCGCGUGUGGCAUUCCAAGCCGGAAGUCAGUCACUUGUCGGCGCUUGGCGAUAUCGGCAGCAGCAUGCUAAAGCUGAAACAAACGGAGGCGGUUUCGGAGAAGCCUAAAUCCGGACCGGGUGACAUAGACCCACCGAAGACGUCGGAGGAAAACCAGCUGGACGCGAUCAUCGUUGAGAUUGGCCAGUUCGGACGUUUUCAAGUCUUCAACUACUUGCUGCUUUGCCUACCCAUUAUCUGCAACGCCUUCUACUCCAUUUCCUACGUUUUCACCGCUGGCGAUGUGCCCCACAGGUGCAACAUCACCCUGUGCGAUGGGUUGGACUCCAGGUAUGAAGAACCAUUCUUAAAUUUCACCACUCCCCAGCGCCACGGCAACUGGGCUCAAUGUGAGCAGUACGCCGUACGAUCCGACCUCGUGGGUGAACCUUCAUGCAAUGUCAGUAGCUUUGAUGUGGGUCAGCGUGUCCCCUGCGAUGCUGGCUAUAAGCUGGGGAGCGGCGAAAAGACAAUAGCAACUGAGUUUGGCAUUUUCUGCGCUGACCAGUGGAAGCUGUCAAUGGUAGGAACCGUCAACAAUAUUGGACAGUUUGUGGGAAUACCACUGGGGGGGUAUCUCGCCGAUCGAUAUGGGCGCAAAUUCAUACUGGUAGCCUCGGGAAUCCUCAGUUCCUUUGCUGGACUGGCUCGCUCGCAUGCGCCGGAGUACUACAGCUUCCUGAGCUUGGAGUUCCUGGACAUGGUCGUGGGGAGCACGCUCUUCCCCACCGCCUUCCUUCUCGCCGUGGAGCUAGUUGGCCCCAAGCACCGCGUGUUGGCGGCUACAGUGAUCUCCCUGACCUACGGCCUGGCAGAGGCCCUUAUGGGCCUCGUGGCCAAGUAUCUGACAGACUGGCGUGUCUUCCUACGUGUGCUAUAUACGCCAGCUCUGCUCCACCUGAUUUUCAUUUGCCUCCUACCGGAGAGCGUGCGGUGGUUGCUCAGCCAGUCGAAAGAGAUGGAGGCCCAGACCACACUGCGGAGGGUGGCGCAAGUAAACCGAAAAGCACUGCCGGAGCACCAGCUUAACGCAAUGAUACUCUCAAACCGCCGGCUGCUGACCCAGCAGCAACCGGGGGCCACUACAGUUUCCGUCAGAUCUUCCAGGCCUUGGGCUGCCGCACCACCCUGUGCUGCUUCGUGUGGUUCACCCACACCCUGAUCGCCCUCGGUCUGAGUCUGCAUUCAGCCAAGUUGAGUGGGAGCAAGUUCGAGAACUUCAGCUUGACGGGUCUUAUGCAGCUGCCUGGUAUCCUGA